UAAAGGCUUAAAGGGAGCCAGCCGCCAGCCAUGCUCUCGCUUCGAAAAGAGAGUCAGCCAAUUCAACAGCCGGUCAAGGAAGCGAGGAAGGAGCGUCUGAACGGGACAAGGAGGGUCUGCGCACCGAUCACGCAUCUCGAGGACACUGAGAAAAACGUAUGCCUGGCUGCUGUGACAUAGAAAUGAUCUCUUUGCCAUUGCCUGAUGGAGACGAUGCAGUGGGAGUUUGCAUCUUAACCUCUGCAGACCUUGAGUUGAAAGAGCACCUUCCUUUCCCACCCAGAAGCCAUCUUAAGACCAAAGUAGACUGCGGUGCCAAAAAGAAAUACACGUCUGCAAAGAAGAAGGCAUUUGCUCUCUUUGUGAAAGCCAAGGAACUGGAAGUGGACUUGCCUGCUUGCCAAAGGGAAGUUUCCUGGAGAUGCUGUCAACAGACUUUCAAAGAUCUGACUGGCAUUCACAGACAUGUGGCUUCUCAACAUUCAGGUGACGUUGGCCAGCAAGCAUCUGUGAUCUUAAAGCAGAUGGUCGGCAUCGGAAUUAACCCUGCUUCUGUAGAUGAAACAUCCAGGCCCAACAAGACUCCAAACAGAAACCAAGAAGUGAUUUAUAAGCUCCCGGAUAUAAGCCACAUUGAUACUAAUGAAAUGAAAAGUGAAGUUGGGGAAGUUUUGCUAUACUAUUGCUAUUGCGAGGUGGCAGAUCCUGUGGGACUUUGUGUGUGGCAGAAGGCUUUAUGUCAGCAUCUGCAUCUAACUGGCAAGGUGCGAAUUGCUUCAGAAGGAAUUAAUGGAACUGUAGGUGGGAGCAGGACAUCUACUAACCUAUAUGUGGAUGCAAUGCUAUCUCACCCCCUCUUCAAAGGCAUUUUGACAAAGGAAGAUUUCAAGACCAGUGCAGGAGGAGCCCACUGUUUCCCAGAUCUUCGAAUUGGUGUGUUUGAAGAAAUAGUGCCUAUGGGAAUUCACCCAGAAAAAGUCUCUUACAAAGAAACUGGAAUCCGCUUGGCUCCAAAGGAGUUUCAUGCAGAAGUAGAGAAAUACCUUUCUCAGGGUCAUAAUGCCCAAAUGGACACAAUUUUGCUGGACUGCAGGAACUUCUAUGAAAGUAAAAUAGGGCAUUUCCAAGGCUGUCUGGCUCCCAACAUUAGGAAGUUCAGCUACUUCCCCAUCUACAUAGAUGAGAAUUUGGACCUUUUCAGGGACAAGCGCAUCCUGAUGUACUGUACGGGAGGAAUCCGCUGUGAGCGGGGCUCAGCCUACCUCAGGUCUAAGGGUGUAUGCACAGAAGUGUAUCAUCUCAAAGGUGGUAUCCACAAGUACCUAGAAGAAUUUCCUGAUGGGUUCUACAGAGGAAAGCUUUUUGUUUUUGAUGAACGUUAUGCCAUUUCCUCAAACAGUGACGUCAUUUCAGCUUGCCGUUACUGUGGAACACUCUGGGACCGGUAUCGUCUUUGCUCUACCCAACUCUGCCGUCAACUUGUCCUGACAUGUCAGCAAUGCCAGCAAAAAGGGCUGACAGCCUGUUGUCCUCUCUGUCAGGAGAAAGGACUUACACUGGCACCUUCAGGACAAACCUUCAAAGAGGAGUGCGAAUGUACAGGGACCCGACAGCGGGUACCCGUGGAAUGCAUUUGACAACCCCUGAAGUUAUACUCCCUCAUGAUUGCAUGAGAUGCCGGUUCUGGGACGUGUUUUAAUGGGAUUUGAGGGAGUUGUGUGGGGAGUUAAUUGAGCAGUUCUUCAGUUCCAGCUGCAGUCAAAGUUUCAGUACGUGAUUGGAUUCUUUUCAGAAGAAAUUGCAUGGAGGAGAAAGAUUCAAUCCUAUUUAGAGUCUUUCACCAAGACAGCUUGAGGUUCUAACAUGUGAUGCUUUAGUACGGCCUAAUUUACACUGAAUAACAAUGAAAAAAAAUAGAAAAAUGGAUCUCAAUUCAACAGGGAAGGCUAUAAUGCAUCCGCCAUUAAUUUUAACAAGUUGCAUAGAAUUCUGUGCCAGUUACGAAUGUUGCUGACUAGCAGUAACAGAACUACCGGUAAUGGGACAUCAUCUGUUGAUUGUGAAUUGGGCUGUAUUGCAGAGUUAGACAAGCUUUUUCAUCCUGAGGAUUACACUUUGGGCCAUAGGAAUUAGGGUUCUUAAUAUUAUAUAAUUAGAAUAAGAGGGGUUCAAUCUUUUGAUCUAUUUUCAGGAGUGUUAGGGACAGAAAUAUCAGUUGCUCUUUUUGCUCCUUUAUUCCCAUAAACAAGUCAAACUUGCCCCAGUUUUAGGGAAGAGAUGUUUCAGAGUUUAAAGGGCAUGUUGAAUAUCUAAAAUAUCUCCUAUCUGUAAAUAGGAGGAAGCUUUAUGUAUACCGCCUUAAAUUGCACAGAGUAAUAAUAAUGAUGAUGAUGAUGAUGUCAUCCUUUUUGCUGUUUUAAAUCCUCCAAUCUUUCUUCAGAUGAACAAUGAGUCCAAAGAUUAAAGCUAUGCCUGUUCCUGGAUGCUCGCAGCUCUGAAUCAUUAAAGGUUCUAAUGAUACUAUGAGCAUCAAUGGAAAUUCCCCAUGUCCCUUUAGCCAUGGAAUUCUCAUCUCCAUUGGGGGAGGACAGAAUACGACACUGUCAAGUGGGAGACAUAAAAGCAAAUGGUACCCCUCUUUUGGCAAGAGAGGCAAAAUCAUACUUCUGUGGCUUCAACUUUCAGCCAUUGUCUGCAGAAUAUAAGGUCACCCUCCAUCAAGGAAGUACAGAAGACUUGUGCAGUGAGAAGAUGCAUCCCUAUCAACACUGUAGGGAGAUUGGCAAAUCUUGCCUAGGUACUAAUUAUUCUGCUCUGGCAGAGCAAAAGGACUGGAAUGAAUCCAGACCCUCAAAUAAAGCUUUCAAGUGUUAUAUCCCAUGCAGCUUUUUGCAAAAGCAUGUUAGAUCAGGGAGACUGUCGCUAUGAGAUAGCGAAACAGAAACAUAAUACAAAAAUAAAACGUUCACUUCGCAAGCAUAAAGAGGCCUGGCACACUCUUGUGUGAUUUAUCAGAUUUAAUCUAUAUUUUAACUUCAGUUCUUCAGGAAAAUUAGAAAUAACCAACAUCCCAUUCAGCAGCUGCCUUUCUUGUGACUAUUGCUUGGGACAGUAUUUCUCAACCUUGGCAGCUUUCAGACUGGUGGACUUCAACUCCCAGAAUUCCCCAGCCAGCAACUUAAAAUUGCCAAGGUUGAGAAACCCUGUCUUAGGGAAACAGUGGCCUUACAUAUUUUUGUGCUGGAGGGCUGUGAGCUGCUUUAAGUAUAAUAGAUGAUUCUAAUGCUCAGUUGCAAUUUAGGAUUCUGGAUGUUGCUAGCUGAUUGCAAUUCUCAAGUCUUAAAAAUGAUUAUGUAUAUUGGGAUGAUAAAAAUAUUGUUGGAUUAGCAGAAUCUUUCUAAUUCUUUCAAAAUGAAAAUAAAGUAUUUUUUUAACAUUUCUGCUACAUUUACAGAGUAGUAUUGCAUAUUUUUAUUGUUACUAACUACUCAUGCAUAUCAGAGCACGCACACACACACACA